AGGUAAUUGUAACGUUUUAUUCCAAAUUUAUAAACGAUUUGAAAUUUCAUGGUUUGUUUGAAUUCCUAGUUUUCCGUUUUGUUUCUAUAGUUGUCUCGAUUAGGUAUCUUUUUUUUUUUUUGUUCUUCUUCGUUGACGAGUAAUUGCAAUGGACUCGGACGAUGAAAUCCCAUCGUUGGUGACAGCUAUCACAUUAGAUCCGGUGCCUGUGACAAUUAUAACCGGUUACUUAGGGUCUGGAAAAACAACUCUUUUAAAUUACAUACUAACGGAACAACACAGUAAAAAAAUUGCUGUCAUAUUGAACGAAUUUGGCGAAGGCGACACAAUGGAAAAAUCAAUUGCUGUUGGUGAACAAGGAAAUCUUUGUGAAGAAUGGCUUGAACUACAAAACGGUUGCUUAUGUUGUUCUGUAAAAGAUAAUGGUGUGAAAGCAAUUGAAAACCUUAUGUCGAAACGUGGAAAAUUUGAUUAUAUAUUAUUAGAAACUACAGGAUUAGCUGAUCCUGGACCUAUUGCAAAAUUAUUUUGGGUUGAUUCUGAGCUGGGAAGUGAUGUUCAUUUAGAUGGAAUAGUCUGUGUCAUUGAUAGCAAAAACGCCAAUAAACAUCUUAGCAACAGUUUACUUGAUGAACCCAACUUGGAUAUUAUAAACCCUUCAACAAGACAAAUUGCAUUAGCUGAUAUUAUACUCAUCAAUAAAAUUGACUUAGUCGACAGCAGUACUUUAGAAACGUUAAAGACUAAGAUUAGAUCGAUUAAUGGAAGUUCUGAAAUUAUUGAGACAACAAAUAGCAGAAUUGACCUGAAUAAAAUUCUUGAUUUGAAAUCGUAUUCUUCGUCUAACAGUUUAAGGGUCGACGAAAUGAUAAGAAAUGUGGAAAGUUUCCGAGGGAAAAGUCAUAUAAACCAAAACGUGUCUACUGUCACACUAGAAGUUCCCGAUGGUAUUUUAAGAACAUCCCUAGACACUUUUGUAUGUCAAAUUUUAUGGGAAAAUAUGCUAAAUGAUGGCCGUGGAAAUACUUCAGAAAUAAUCAGAAUGAAGGGUGUAAUCAGAUUCGAGGACGGUUCAAUAGCUAUGAUACAAAGUGUUUACGACAUGUACGAAUUUCAAGAAUUGACCAAAAGUUUAUCUGAAGUACCACCGGGCAGUAGAAUUAUUCUUAUAGGAACGUUUUUGGACAAAGACAAAUUGAACUAUUUACUUACUAAAUGCAUAGAUUCUGGAAAUGAAUCACUAUCCAGAAAAUAAAAUGUAAAUUCCGUGAAUCAUUGUAAUUCGUGGUUGUAAUUUUUAUUUAUACUAAUAAUAUUUGUAAAUAAAAAUAUUAAUAUUA